CCAAAAAAAAAAAGAAAGAAAAAAAGAGAUUUGAACUCAGGACCUCUGGAAGAGCAGUCAGUGCUCUUAGCCACUGAGCCAUCUCUCCAGCCAAGUCUGGAACAUUUUAAGAAACCAGGCUAGUCUUGAACUUCUGGCCAGCCUCUCCUCUCAGUCUCCUAGGUGCUAGAAUUACAGGCGUGAGCCACCAUAACCAACUAUUAAGAUGUUAAUGACGUGAAGUAAAACUCCUGAUGAUCAAGAUCUAACCAUCCCAGACACUUGCAGGGAUACACUGCAAUCUUGCCAAGCCAGAGAUGGGAUUCCAUUGCUACUCCCUUCACAGAUGGGAAGGCUGAGAGAUUGGGAAGCAACCAAAUGGGAAGCUUCCCAGGGAUGAUGCCAAUCCAGGGAAGUUAGGUAAAGUCACCAGGGUGGCAGAGGUCAGAGGAGGCUGUCAGGAAGGCAGGGGCAGGAUGACUUGAGCUUACUGGUACAAAAUUGGAAGUUCCUGCUCAAGUUUGAGUCCUCCACUGUGUUUCUGAGUCCUCUCUGUCUGGAUCUUGGUGCUGUAAGUGACAACAGCAGCUCUGAGUGGUGGUGUGGGACUUGAAGAGCCUGGCCAGGUAUUCAUUCAUGGCUCCUUCUUGUUCUUCAUGGGAACAAGGUUCAGUCUUAGAAUAGCAGGAUCUGAGUUCUAACUUUGUUCUCAUUAUGUUGGUGACACCUGGGACAAAUUGUAGAGUGUUCUCUUUCCUCAAAGACAGUGAGGUUCCUGGACUCACAGCCCGGCCCUGACUGGUUGGUGGCUGGGCAGGAGCUAUAGGAUAAGGGAGGGACCGAGUGAUCAGGGGAGUCACCCAUUCAUUUAAGUGUUUUCUGAGUGGCCACUGCUGAUCAGAAUGUGCCAGGACCAAGGACACAGUGCUGUCCAAAACACCAUCAGAACCUGUCCUUGCAGAGUUCACGUUUGAGGGAUGGAAGGAACCAGGAGUAAAGUCCCCAGUCCUUCCUUUUAGCCUUCCACAAGAGAGCACAAAUGACAUGUCACCUACAUUCAGCCCACACAGCACAAGAUCAACUUGGGGUACAUAUUUGGGCUGGGGGAAACUGGGCUAGGCACCUAUGGACAGUCUGUCCUCUUUGUCUUAAAGAGAGUAGCAUUUUUUAAAUAGAGAGGUCCCUUGGCUUACUGUCCCAGGGAGAGAUAGGGGUGGAGUUGAAUGGAGCAUAGCUUCCUAAGACAGCCCCUAAUGUAGAUGUGAGGUAGAGAGCAUGUAAGUGGAUGACUCCAGGAUUAGACCCCCCCCCUUUGCCCCAAGCAUGAACCCUGGAAAGCCAAGUCUUUGCACCUAUCUCUGGUCAUGGUGGCUGUUUCCCAGGCUGAACGUCAGUGGUGGGGUGGGAGCUUCUUUAGACCCAGGACCCACUUAGAAUGGAGACAGGAGUCCACAGAUGUCAGGUGCUGCCUAUCCCCAGACCACACAGCCUUUGGGCUUGUUUUUUCUUUUUUCAUUUUUUUCUUCCAGGGCUGAGAACCUAACCCAGAGCCUUGCGCUUGCUAGGCAAGUGCUCUACCACUGAGCUAAAUCCCCAACGCGCCCCCCCCCUUUUUAAAAAAAGAUUUAUUGAUUUAAUGUAUAUGAAUACACUGUAGCUGUCUUCAGACACACCAGAAGAGGGCAUCAGAUCCCAUUACAGAUGGUUGUGAGCCACCAUGUGGUUGCUGGGAAUUGAACUCAGGACCUCUGGAAGAGCAGUCAGUGUUCUUAACCGCUGCGCCAUCUCUCUAGCCAGGGCUUGUUUUUUCUAGGAUACUUUCUCUUGUCUUUGUCCUCAUUCGUAGACCAUGUUGAGGAGAAGAAAUGGGGCAGAAGCUGACUACAAGUUUUCAGUCACCCAAAACAUACUGGUGUCUCUAAUAGGAGUAUUCAGGUCUAAGCAGGAGUGUCAGGAAUUCAGUCUUCCCCAACUACCUAAGGAAUUUAAGGCUCCAUGGGAUCCACUUCCUUCUCUCACAAAAGAAGCCCCAAACUGCCUGGUCUAGUAGCACCUGCCUUUAGUCCCGGAACUCAGGCAGAGGCCAGCAAACAUCUGUGAAUAAAAGCCUGGUCUAUCUAGCUGGAGAGUUGGACCAGCCAGGGUUACUUAGUCCCUGUAUCAAUAACAACAAAGAAACUAAACAGCCUGAACUAAUCCUCACCAACCUGCCCCACAUCUCCAGAUUAUCUAGACACAGACAGAUCAGACACCUUUGUGGUUGGGAGGGAGAUGAAUGGACAACGGUGUGUCCAGGGCUCCAGGGGCUAUGAACAGUUAAUGCUCGAGGUUGGGCUCUUAAGCAGGGAAGGUUUCUUAAAGAAAGAGGCCCUUAAGUUGUUUCACAAAUAAAGCAAGAGAGAGUCCCUAAGGAAUCCUGACCCGCUCAUCACUGACUGGACACCAGGCACCUGUGGCUUGUCCUUGCUAGGUUUUCCGUCAUGGCGUUGAUACCAAUAGCAUCUUUGUCCACUGACAUUUGUCUUCCUGUCUCCUUAGGGACAGAUAUGUCUUUAUAUCCCAGAAUGGUCUGGAGUAUAGUAGCCAAGAGUUGCUAUCGAAAAUAAGUGGGUGGGGGUUAGCCAGGCAGGCGGGCAGGCAGGCAGGCAGAUGGAAGGCCGACCCUCCUCCCUAAGCCUGGUUUCCCCUCGUGGUUUCUCCAGCUCCGCCCUUUCCAACUUAAGUCUACACAGCUUCCUGCCCCCAGCACUUGUGGCUGCACCAUGACACUGACAGCCCACCUCUUCUACUUUCUGGCCCUGUUGUUAGCAGGCCAAGGCCUCAGUGACUCCCUCCUCACCAAGGAUGCAGGUCCCCGACCACUGGAGCUGAAAGAAGUCUUCAAGCUGUUCCAGAUCCAGUUCAACCGAAGUUACUCAAACCCAGCAGAGUACACUCGCCGUCUGGGUAUCUUUGCCCACAACCUGGCUCAGGCACAACGGCUACAGGAAGAAGACCUGGGUACAGCUGAGUUUGGACAGACUCCAUUCAGUGACCUCACAGAGGAAGAGUUUGGCCAGUUAUACGGGCACCAGAGGGCACCGGAAAGGAUCCUCAACAUGGCCAAAAAGGUGAAGUCUGAAAGGUGGGGGGAAUCUGUGCCCCCUACCUGUGACUGGCGUAAAGUAAAGAACAUCAUCUCAUCGAUCAAGAACCAGGGAAACUGCAGGUGCUGCUGGGCCAUAGCAGCAGCAGACAACAUCCAGACUCUGUGGCGCAUCAAAACACAACAGUUUGUGGACGUCUCUGUGCAGGAGCUGCUGGACUGUGACCGCUGUGGAAAUGGCUGCAAUGGUGGCUUCGUGUGGGACGCAUAUAUAACUGUCCUGAAUAACAGUGGCCUGGCCAGCGAAGAGGAUUACCCAUUCCAGGGGCACCAGAAGCCCCACAGGUGUCUGGCGGACAAGUAUAGGAAGGUGGCCUGGAUCCAGGACUUCACCAUGUUGUCCAGUAAUGAGCAGGUAUUACCAGAAGGGUGUGAUCAAGGCUACACCCAGUACCUGUGACCCACACCUUGUGAACCAUUCUGUCUUGCUGGUGGGUUUUGGCAAGGAGAAAGGGGGCAUGCAGACAGGGACACUCUUGUCCCAUUCUCGCAAACCUCGCCGCUCCACCCCCUACUGGAUCCUGAAGAACUCCUGGGGAGCUGAGU